AUGCAGAGGCUGUUCAAGCUGAUGGAUUGCACAACCAUGAAAAUUGGCCUGUACGGCGUAGGGGACACAUUCCGCGAAGAGGUCCUGGCCCCUUUCGAAAAAUUGUACGUUUGCAACAUGGUUCAGUGUGGUUUUCUGUGUUGCGUCAUUGUCGUAUCUGCAGUGGCAAAGUACAUACUAGAUAGGCCGAGGAAGUACUGGCACUGCGCAAAGAGCGGGCGAUGGUUCCGUUUCCGCUUUGCCUACAAGGCACAUUUGCGCGUUCUGGAGAAGGAUUCCACGUUUUUAUCCCGGCUGGGAUUGAUGAGGAAGCUAGCGGUCUGGAGGCGCCCAGAGUUCACUGCGGUACAUUUCUGGUCGGAGAUGUCCCUCGCCUUCAUCGUAAUGGUUUUCUUCGUGUUCAAUCAGGGGCUGUUGCUCUUGACGUUCUCAAGUUCCGACUCGCCUAAGGCGAUGAUGGUAGUCGCCGAGGUUCUCAUGAUGCUGUCUGCCCUCCUCGACGUUGUCUUUGUGUACACAUCUCCUUCUCGCCGGAGCGAGUUGGUGUCGGCGAGUUUGUAUGUCGGUCUGUCCAUGAAGAUAGCGGCGUUCGUGCUUCUGCUCGUCGUCGCCGCGCAGGAGGGUCACAGCUUUUACGGCUGCAAGGACAACGAUCCCAUAUUUACGACAGAGGGUGAGUGCGCUAUUGACAAGAUGCUGCAUCGAGGCAAGCUUGUAUUAGAGUCCACCAUUUGCAGCACAUCGCUUUUUAUUUGUAUAGUUUGUGGUUUGGGAUUCUACUUUGCUCGUGCGUCGUUCAUCAGCGGCCACGACGAACGUGCAGUUAUCGGGUUGAUAAAGAAGGAGACCAAGUUCGCUUCAGAUGAAGCGGCUCACGACGGUGAGCUCGCAAGAAAGGACAUGAAAGCAUGCGAGAGGUUCGCCAGAAGUUGGAAAGCCAUUCCAGUGUAUCUUCUGUUGGCAGCUCUUGUAGCUUUAUUUGUCGUGUGGGUGAGCAACCCUUCGUCCGUAGAGGUUGCCGACAGUGUUGACGAUGAUGCGGACGGGAUUGCGAAGAGGGAGUUCUCUUGGUGCUACGAGUCUAAUUGUUGCAAUGGCCUGUCGUCGCUAUGUUCGCGUCGCUACGACCAGGUCGUUCACGCCACGAGUCAUAAUUCUUACAGCAGCACUGCAGACGGGUUCAACUUGGCGAACCACGAACAGUCGUUCAAGGACUCGCUCGAGGCAGGCGUUCGCGGUCUCAACUUCGAUUUGGUAACAGAAGUCACUGGCGUAACAAAAUGGUGCCAUAAGUUUUGCACGCUGGGCCAGAUGGAUCUUGCCGUGGCGUUUACAAUUAGUCAACGCGUUCUUGGGGCAGAGACCGAACGAAGUGAUCACCCUCAUCUUCGAACAGCUCAUAUCAGUGGGUCGAACAAAAGCCGAGCAGUUUCAACACGUGCAGGAUGCGCUGGUCUCAAGUGGUUUGGUGAACAAGUUGCAUACGCAGGCCCACGGACAUCCAUGGCCAACGCUUGA